AUGGAUGUACAGAGAAGCGAGAGCCCAAGCAUGGGCGAAAAAAUCUUCAGGAUGGUCACACCACCGGCAAAGAGGGAGGCCCGCCGGACAUUGAAAUCCACCUCCCUGGGAAUGGCGGCAAGGUACCGACUCUCCAGUAAUUCUUCUGUACCCUCCGUCUCGUCUACACCCUCCAAACAACCUCCAAACAAAGUUACCAGAAUUAGAAAAGCGGAAAUAGACCUUCAGGUCCAACAGGAAAUGGAACAAAUUCGGAUUGAAGAAGAACGGAAAAAGGAAGCGGAAUUACUACAAAAGCGGAAACAAAAGAUAAAAAUUGAAGAUGUCGAGGACUUUGAUUUUGACGCUGACAGCGAUCUAUCGGCUACCGAAUCUGAGGAUGAAGAUGUCAGCCAGAAAAUGUACAUGGAGGCGUGUAAAGAAAUGAGACUGACGCCCAUCAAAGCAGUGUAUAAAGCGUUAGAUACCGAGAAACUGGCCAUUGUAGGGGUCAUUCUAAAGAAGAAAGAAUCAAAGGCUUGUGCAAUAGGAUUAUUGCGCAAUACGACAAUUGAAACUCUUGUUCUGGAAAGCAAUGAGCUUGGUGGUUAUGGUGCUAGAUGUUUUUCAGAUGCAAUAUCCCGAAAUGAAUUCCUCACAGAAAUACGAAUAGUUGAAAACAAUAUUGGAAGUGAGGGUGCUCGAGUUAUUUGUGAAGCUCUACGUAAAAAUAAUUAUGUUCGUCGUCUCGAUUUGAAAGGGAAUGGUUUUUAUGAGGAUGACGCAAAAUAUUUUAAAGAUAUGCUUGAUGAAAAUCAUGCUUUGAGGGAGCUAUACUUGAGUCACAAUAAGUUUCAAGAAGUUGGAGGAGAAAUUUUCGCUGAUGGCUUAGGUAACAACGACUUUCUUCGAGUACUUGAUCUUAGUUGGAAUCAUUUACGCAUGCGUGGUGCAAUGGCAAUAGGGUCUGCUUUACAGAUAAACCGACAUUUAGAAAAACUUGACAUUUCAUGGAAUGGUUUUCAUAUCCGUGGUGCUCUCACUUUAUCUAAAGCAUUGGAAAUUAACACCACACUCCUGGAGCUAAAUUUAAGUUGUAACAGACUGUCAGAUGGAUGUAUUCAAAUCUUAGUGAAUGGACUUAAAAAGAAUUCAACCUUAAAAGUGCUCAGAAUAGCUCAAAAUCAGAUAUAUCCACCGGGUGCUUACAAAAUUCUUGAAAGUAUAGAGAACACCCCAAGCAUAGCAUUGGAGGUGUUAGACCUUGGGGAUACACCGGUGAUGGAUACAUUUGAAAACCUCUACAAAAAGCUUCAGGAGGUCAGAAAACCAUUCACAGUCAUAUAUGGCAUGGUGUGGGCUACUGAUCGUCAAUCAUUGGCCAGCGCUGACCAAGAACCGGAAGAAGAAGACCUCCUCAAUGAAGAUCCUCUGCUGGUUUUAUUUGAGUAUGCGCGGUUACAAAACUUUCGGUUGCUAGACAUGUUUAAACAGCUUGAUACAGACAACAGUGGAUCUCUCGACAGGGAGGAAUUUUCCAAAGGACUCGCUCAAGUAAAUAUUCCCAUGAACAAGAAAUCUUUAAAUAGACUAAUUGAUGUAAUGGACAAAGAUGGAGACGGCGAAAUCGACUUUGGUGAACUGAUGGCAGCACAGCAGAAGCAUAAAUUGUUGCUGAAGUCCUACAUGAAAGGCGAGCGGCCAGUGGAAGAGACUGAAAUUGGCCGGAUAGACAGAUUGCUUCGGAAAGUCAUGUAUAAAAGAUUUCUUAUGCGCAGAUUUUAA